UAAAUUAUCUUCGUGACGUAAACUGCAGUACUAUAUGAAAAAUGGCCGAUGUUCCACAAGACGCUCCAGAACAUUGCCCUGGAACACAAAGUGACACUGCGGGCAAAGCAUCGGCCUGUGCAGGAUGUCCCAAUCAAAGCAUCUGCUCAUCAGGAGCAACAAAAUUACCAGACCCUGGCAUUGCACUAGUCAAAGAAAGGCUUUCGUGUGUCAAAAAUAAGAUUCUUAUAUUAUCAGGCAAAGGCGGUGUUGGAAAGAGCACAGUGACAUGUCUUGUAUCCAGAGCACUCGCCGCAUCGGAUCCUGACCGAGACGUUGCUGUUUUAGACAUUGAUAUAUGUGGGCCCUCUCAACCUAGAAUACUUGGUGCCCUUGGGGAACAAGUCCAUCAGAGUGCAUCAGGAUGGUCUCCAGUUUACGUAGAGGACAACUUGUCUUUGAUGUCUAUUGGUUUUCUUUUAAACAGUGCUAGCGACGCAGUAAUUUGGAGAGGACCUAAGAAAAAUGGCAUGAUUAGACAAUUUUUAUCAGAAGUUGAUUGGGGCAAUUUGGAUUAUCUCAUAUUGGACACUCCGCCUGGUACCUCUGAUGAGCAUUUAUCAGCAACGACAUACUUAAAAGAAGCUGGAAUCACCGGAGCUAUUAUCGUCACAACUCCGCAAGAGGUUGCUUUGUUGGAUGUUAGGAAAGAAAUAGACUUUUGUAAAAAAGUAAACAUUCCUAUUCUCGGUGUAGUGGAAAACAUGAGCAUCUUUGUGUGUCCUAAAUGCAAAAACUCUGCAGAGAUAUUCCCUGCGUUGACAGGAGGAGCCAAAAAAAUGUCAGAAGAACUGAAUGUUGAGUUCUUGGGUUCACUGCCGUUGGAUCCCUUGUUGGCAAGGUGCUGUGACGAGGGUAAAAAUUUUUUGACCGAAAUGCCAGAUUCACCAACUGUUGCUUCUCUAAAUGCAAUAAUUAAAAAAAUUAUACAAAAAUGCGAUGGAACUUGAAUUCAGUGAAAAUUAAUCUCUGCUGCAACGGAUGGAACAAAAAUGCAAAUGAUUGUUAAUACUGUAAAAAAAAAUUAUUUUUAUUACUUUUAGGUAUUUAAUAAAGAAUUUUGAAC